AUGGAAGAAAUUCGAUCUUACACCCUCACUGAUAAUGUUACAGGAGAUGUUGAUUAUUAUAAAAAAUGCAUUGAAUUGCAAAAAGAAAAUAACGAAUAUAAGAAUAUAAUAGAAAUCAUAGAAUAUGAAACAACUAAAUCAAAAGAAAAUGAAAAAAAAUUACAAGAAGAGUUAUCCGGUGAAAAACAAAAAUCUGAUUAUCUAAAUAAUUCUUAUAAACAAUUAACCAAGGAAAAUUCUGAUUUGCAAAAAAUAAAUGAGGAAAUCAGGAAUGUAAUAGAAGUAACGAAAUAUGAAAAAAACGAAUCAAUAGAAAAUGGAGCAAAGUUACAAGAAGAAUUAUCCAUCAUAAAACAAAAAUUUAAUCAUCUAUAUGAAGCUUACGAACAAUUAUCUAAACAAAAUGCACAAGAUAGAAGGAUUGAUGAAAUUGAUGAAGUUGUUAUGGGUAAUAAUAAUAAAAAAAAAAUUAUCAAGAUUAAAGAUCUAAAAAACUUGAACAGAGAGCUAGCAAAUAAAAAUAGGAAAUUGAUGAAAGAGGCUUCAUAUCAAACAAUUUUAGGAGAUGGAUUAAAGUUCCGCAUAAGUGACGAUCAUGAAGAUAAUUCAGCUCAUCUUGCAACUGAUGUGAUUAGUUUACAGGAGAGCAUUGAGAAAUAUGUUACUAAUUUAAAGGGCUCUUUUAUGGUAAUCAACUUUGAGACAGUUCAAGAAUUAUACAAAAGAUAUAAUGUGCAAGCUCAAAAUCUAAAAGAUAAAAUUUUGAUGAAAGCAGUACUACAACGUUAUAUUCUGGAACAAGUUUUGAAAUGGGCAGAUGAUUAUUUUGAAGUUAAAGAACAUGAUGAUUUAGAUCAUCCUUCUAAUCAAGAAAAAUAUAUCGUAAACCAUACAAAUCAAUUAUUGGAUUUUCUUAAUAACCAAUUUUAUCCUACUAAUUUUAAACAAGAUAAUAGUAGUAUGGUGAUUAAAGACAUUCCAACAAAAAUACGACAGUUUACAUAUCUCGCAUUAACUGAACUUGGAUUCUCUGGAACUGAACAAGAACAUUCAUUUAUAUCACGCACAGCAAAAAAACUUAAUCGACUAAUGACCAGAUAUCGUGUUAUCAAAGAUGAAAAUAAAAAAAAGAAUGUAGAAGAUAUGGCAGAAGGUCUUGUCAAAGAAAUUGUCAGGAUAUUUAAAUUCUUAUUAUUAGUUCAAGAACCUAAAUGCAAAGUACAUUGGUUUACGAACAAUGCAAAGCUAGAUUUUAGAUUUAUGAAAGUUUUAUCAUGGGAUGAUGGGAAUGUGGAUGAUUAUGUUGUGGAGAUUUGUUUUUUUCCCUUUAUAGGAGCAAUGGAUUCGGAUGGCAAUCCUAGUAAAUCGAUUACUCAUGCAAGAGUCUAUCCUCGAAAUAUUACAAACUCUCAAGAAACACAAGAUAUGUCGAAGAAUAUAUCAUCAGCAGUAUCAGAAGACUUGCUUCAAUCUGAAAAUCUACAAAAUGCAGAAUGA